AUGACUUCCAUCAAUAUGUCAAACAUGCUGCGGACAUGCAAAGCUGCCGGCUUGCUGCCUCUCCAAGGUUACCGAGUGCUUGACAUGACACGUGUGUUGGCAGGCCCUUACUGUACCCAGAUUCUCGGUGACCUUGGUGCUGAGGUCAUCAAGAUCGAGCAUCCAGUCCGCGGUGACGACACGAGGGCCUGGGGCCCGCCGUACGCAAAGUACGGGCAUGACUCUAAACACCAAGGGCCCGGCGAGUCGGCUUACUUUCUAGGUGACCCUGCAGGUGUCGACAUCCUCCACAAGCUGGCAGCCAAGUGCGAUAUCCUCGUCGAGAACUAUAUCCCUGGAGCCUUGAGGAAGUACGGUCUGGACUUCGACACCAUCCACAAAAUCAACCCGGCACUGAUCUAUGCCUCCAUCACCGGAUACGGACAGAAUGGCCCUUAUUCGCAGCGAGCAGGCUACGAUGUCAUGGUGGAGGCGGAAUUCGCCCUGAUGCACAUCACCGGAGCCCGUGAUGGGCCCCCGGUCAAGGUUGGUGUUGCUGUUACUGAUCUGACCACCGGUCUAUACACGAGCAACUCCAUCAUGGCUGCCCUUCUCGGCCGUCAGAAGUCUGGCAAGGGGCAGCAUCUGGAUGUCGCCCUAAGCGACUGUCAGACUGCCACUUUGGCCAAUAUUGCCAGUAGUUGCCUUAUCAGUGGCGAGAAAGAUACGGGUCGAUGGGGCACAGCACAUCCAUCCAUUGUCCCGUACAAGGCAUUCAAGACGAAGGAUGGCGAUGUGCUCUUUGGAGGCGGAAAUGACCGGUUGUUUGGUAUCCUGUGUGACGGCCUGGGUAAGCCAGAGUGGAAAGAUGACCCCAAAUUCAAGAUCAACUCGCAGAGAGUUGCGAAUAGAGACGAACUCGAGGCGGAGAUCGAGAAGAUUUCAACCCAAAAAACUACACAAGAGUGGCUGGAUGUCUUUGAAGGGAGUGGCAUGCCCUAUGCCGCGGUCAAUGACAUCCAAGGGACGCUAAGCCAUGAGCACACGCUCGCGCGGAAUAUGGUGAUAGAGGUUGACCAUGAGGACUGCGGUCCUAUCAAGCUAGUAAACACCCCGAUGAAGUUCUCUGAGAGCAAGCCUGGACUCAGGAGCCCGCCGCCAACUCUGGGACAGCACACUGACGAAGUGCUGCGCGCCUCGGCGCCAAUGGAAGGCAAUGAUGAUGGCAAAGUCAUACCACCCGCGUCAGCAGCAGCAAACCCGUCUCCUGCGCCUGCCUCGCGCUCGUCCUCCCCGUAUGUGAGCGAAGCCUCCAGGAAGUUCUCGUCACCAUAUACUCCCCAGUUCUCGCCUGCGACACAGAUGAUAUUGAAACGGAUGCGCGGCGAAUCUGGUGGGCUGAGUUCCGCCCUGGCGUCCGCAACGGCGCCCGACGCGCCAAGACCCAACUUCCCACGACCGAUCUACGAGAGUGUCAGAGAGCGCAUCGUUGCGAGCAUGACAAGUGGUAGCACGAUGUCCUUGCCAGCGCCGCCGUCUUCUCCGAACACCACAACAGCCAGCACUCUGCGCCUACCAGUGAAACCCGCCUUGAUGAGUGGCUCAAACGGCAAACCAUCAUUAUCAGGUGGCCAGAAGCGCAAACGAGGUCAUGGUGAUGGGAGCACUAGUGAUGCGUCUUCACCAGCUGAGGGUUCUGAUUACGGAGAGGGCAUCAAGAAGGCGAAACCAAAGCAGGCAGCCACUCCUCAGAUCACACAGUCAGGGAGGCGCAUCCUCAAGCCCGAUACGUAUGAUCCUGCGGCGGAGGAUAAUGCAAAAAAGAAUGCACGCUUGGUCAAGCGUACGACUGAGCAGGCUCUCUGCAAGAGGUGUACACGUAUGCACAGCCCGGCUAGCAACCAAAUGGUGUUUUGUGACGGGUGCAACGAUCCAUGGCAUCAGCGAUGUCACGAUCCGUGGAUUGAGGACGAAAUCAUCAAGGACCAGACCCUGAAGUGGUAUUGCGUCAUCUGUCAGGCGAGAAGAGAGCGGCUGCAGCCCAAGAAGAAGGUCGAGCAGCCUAGAUUUGGUAGCUGGGCUGGCAGACCAGCAUCGCAGAAACGAGCCUAUCUUUCAGCACUUUCUCCAGACGACUUGGUCAACCUGCUACUACACGCCACCGAACUGCAUCCCGACCUACCGAUUUUCCCAAUCGAGUCCACUUCCACGCCAAAGAAGUCACCAGCAGGCAGCACACCGCGGUCCCUAUUCGCAGGCGUCUCAGCAGGUGGCCUAUUUCACCGUGCCGAGGCGAAUCCCACCGGAACCCUGAAUUUCAUUCGCAAGAUCCCAGCCAACGCAAAAAAGUCGACACUCGCCAAAGCUCGGUCGGGCACCGGCUCCCUGCAGAGCAAAACGGCCGCACAGGCCAAUGCUCUCGCGGCCGGACACCAGGUCUACGACGAAGAGGAAUCAUCGUUCACGAGGCUGUGGCCCAGGCCGGGUAAGGGCAUGUACAGCCGGCUGCCGCCUGAGGCGGACGAUGAUCGGGGCUUGACGGACGACAAUGACCACGCUGCAUUCAGUGUGAUUAUCUUUAAUGAGAAAGGCAAGAAAAUUGAGGAGAACGGGGUCAAAGUCUAG